AGUAAGGGGGGGGAGAGGGACAGCAGAGGAGGGUACGUUGGGAAGCAGUGCAGCCUGCUCAUCUGAUCCCUGUAGUUCAGAGAGAGUGUGUCAUGUUACAGAGAAGCCAGGAUCAACCACAGUGCAACUCCACAGAAGUUGAGAAUCACCUCUCUCUAAUGAGGACUUUCAUGUGCAAUCUCUACACGGCUCUGCUAAGGAACUGAAGCUGAUAAACCUAGAGGGAAAAGAAAAAGGACUACAACCAGCUGAAAAGACUGAAAGACAAAAACUGAGCAGACUAUUUUUCCCCAAAGCUUUUCUGGAGCUGGAUCCUUUUUUAAAAUAACUUUUUCCCCCAUUUAUUCAUAUGAUUUUCUUCUUGUUGCUGUCAUAACAAUUGGCAUUUUGUGGCAUUGGGAUUCCCUGGAACGCUGCUCUGCCAUGCAUUUUGGAUUGUGUUUCUCGGAGUAGGAUUGAGACUUUAUUUAUUCUAUUUAUUUAUUUAUUGUUUCUCAGGACAGGGCGGGAAUGUUGGAGGAAAAGGGCUGGAAAGGUGCUAGCCAGAGUGCCUUUGACAGGGGAUGUGUUGCUCCCCACAGGACAGGGGAUGGGGAAAGAUGCUGUAGACUUCCUCUACUGCUGGGCUUUGGGCUUCCUGGGGUGUCUUUGCUUUCUCUGGUGCUGAGCCUCCUGCUAUACUUUAGGACAUCAGACCUGCAAUCCAGGGUUUCUCAUUUGGAAGCAGACAGAUCCUCUCAGCUCCCUGCCUGGCUCUCUGCAGACCAAAUGGAGACAGCUAUUUUGGGAAGAGUUGACCAACUGCUUGAAGAGAAGUUAAAGUUCAGCUUGCCAAGACAUCGAGAAGUUCGAGAAACCCACCAGAGAUGUAACUGCCCAGCAGGUCCACCUGGUCCUACAGGAAGACCAGGGCUUCCGGGAGACAAAGGCACCAUGGGAAUCCCUGGACGACGGGGACUAAAAGGGCAGCCUGGAGAAAAGGGAGCUCCAGGAGAAGCGGGCAUGUCCAUCAUUGGGCCCCGAGGGCCUCCUGGACAGCCUGGAACGAGAGGUUUUCCUGGAUUUCCGGGCCCUAUUGGUUUGGAUGGCAAGCCAGGCCAUCCUGGACAGAAAGGGGAGAUGGGUGCAGCUGGUCCUAAGGGGCAGCCGGGACCUCCAGGACAAAAAGGAGAGAAGGGUCAAUGUGCUGAGUACCCACACAGGGAAUACCUAAGUACUACACUUGCAGCUCUACGCUCUAAUCAGAUCCUUACACUGAAGGGUGAACAAGGACAGGCAGGGAUCCAGGGCCCGCCAGGGCCACCUGGUCCACCAGGGCCAACUGGACCAGCUGGACCAGCAGGACAUUCAGGACAACCUGGGCCAAGUGGGCCACCUGGCAGAGCAGGGGAGCCUGGGAAGCCUGGCAAGGAUGGUAAGGGCAUACCUGGACCCCCUGGACCAAAGGGAGACCCAGGAAUUCAAGGCUACUCUGGAAGGAAGGGUGAGGUAGGCGAGGCAGGCCUACCAGGUGCACCUGGCCUUCCUGGACCUGUUGGCCCCAAGGGUGAAAUGGGGGACACUGGCAUGAAGGGGGUUCCUGGAAUGGCUGCUGCAGGGAUGAAGGGAGAGCCAGGCACUCCAGGAGAAAAGGGAGAGAAAGGAAAAGCCGGUGAUCCUGGCUUGCCUGGGCUCCUCGGAAUAAAGGGAGAGAAGGGAGAUGCUGGUAAUGUGCUCGGGGGAGGUAAAGGAGAAGCUGGACCCCCAGGAUUACCUGGGGCCCCAGGACCAAAGGGAGAAGCUGGUGACAUUGGCCAGCCUGGACUGCAGGGAGAAAAGGGAGAACCUGGUGCACCUGGAGAUCAUGGACCCGUUGGUCCAAGGGGUCCCAAAGGAGAACCAGGAAAGGAUGAAAUGGUGGAUUAUGGUGGUAAUAUCAAUGAUGCUCUACAGGAAAUACGAACCUUGGCCCUGAUGGGACCUCCUGGACUUCCAGGAGCAGCUGGACCCCCGGGGCCACCAGGACAAAAGGGUGAAAUUGGCUUGCCAGGGCCUCCUGGGCAUGACGGGGAAAAGGGUCCACGAGGUAAACCAGGAGAAAUGGGGCCUCUUGGUCCCCAAGGGCCCUCAGGAAAGGAUGGACCUCCAGGAGUAAAGGGAGAGCCUGGACUUAUGGGGACUCCAGGACUGAAAGGAGACAAAGGGGAGGCAGGACAAGCUGGCUCACCGGGUCUCGAUGGCCCAACUGGGGAGAAAGGAGAACAAGGUGACAAAGGGAUACCAGGAUCUUCUGGAUUACCGGGUCCAAUUGGACUUCCAGGACUUACAGGAGAGAAGGGAGAACCUGGAGAAGAAGGAGAAAAAGGAAGCCCAGGGGAGUCAGUAUCUGGGCCACCUGGGCCCCAAGGUCCACCUGGUGCUUCAGGUCCUCAAGGCCUUCCAGGACCGAAGGGGGAAGCAGGGAUUGAUGGAAUGAAAGGAGAGAAGGGUGUCCAGGGUGAAAAAGGAGACCGAGGUCCACUGGGAUUACCCGGUGCCUCAGGUUUAGACGGCAGGCCUGGACCACCGGGUACUCCAGGACCAAUUGGAGUUCCAGGACCAGCAGGACCAAAAGGGGAAAGGGGAAGUAAAGGAGACCCUGGAAAUGCAGGACCAAUGGGACCAGCUGGGCUUCCUGGUUUACCAGGCCCACCUGGCGACAAAGGAAACCGGGGGGAGAGGGGCAAGAAAGGCUCUAGAGGGUCUAAAGGGGAUAAGGGAGACCAAGGAGCGCCUGGAUUAGAUGCACCCUGUCCAUUGGGGGAAGAUGGCUUGCCAGUUCAGGGAUGCUGGAAUAAGUGAUGGUUCUAACCAUGGACUGGUCUGUGUGUGUUUUUGUACAUAGAAUAUUUAUUUUUAUACAGUGUUCUUCUCUGAAAUGCCAAAAGUUAUGCAUUUUACAAAUUAUCAAAAAGCUGCAUUUUUUUGUACAGAAAAUACUAAUUUUCCCUUUUUCUGUUUGUCAAUUCUUUGUGUAUUUCUAUGGCUAUCUUAUGCUUAUUUUGUUGUGGAGUACAGCUGUAAUAUUUGCAUGAUAUUUAUGCACUCUUGAUAAGUAUUGGAACUUAAUAAAUUAUUGCAUUAAAGUACCAAAAGGAACUAUUUCAUAUCGAUUUAAAGCUCAUUUUCAUUCCCCAUCCCCAAGAAAAUAAUUCAAGAAUAUUUUAAAGUAUUAUGAGUGUUCUGUACUAAAAUGAAAUAUAACAGCU